GGGACGCAUAUGUUGGGGAGAAGAAGGAGAGGCAUUCCCAAAGCUCAGGAGGAUUAAGAUUGAUGAUCUAACUCACCUAAGAGGGAUGAGAUUUGAGGAGCGCACCUUGCCUCAGAUGGAAACAAUAGAAAUCUCUUACUGCAGGUUGGAAUCAGGGAUUAUUGGGAUCAAGCACCUACGGAAGCUCAAGGAGAUUUCACUCGAAUGGUGUGGUGGAGUGGCGAGGCUUGGGCAGCUGCAAGAAGAGAUGGAAGCAAACCCCAAUCGCGCUGUUCUGCGAAUAGAGGACAGCUCAUCCGAAGAAGGGUGGUAUAGUGGAGAGGACACCGAAGAAGGGUCAGCUAUGCACAGCGACCCAUCCGACCAUGACUUAGGGGACACCGUGGGCGAGAGCUCGCAAUCCAACCAAGGUGGUGAUGACGAGCAACAGCCUAACACAGCAGCGGAGAUUAUGCCUUCAGGCGCAGACCCCUCUGCCUCUACCUGAUUAACUUCACGUGCCGACGUGGUGCUGAUCUCAG